CCGAAGCUUCAUCCCAGCUCUGGCUCAGCCCCUCCCCCCUCCUCCUCCCUGUCCCCCUCCCUCCGGGCCUGGAAUUGGGUUUGGGGCGGGUUCUGCUCCUCAGGCCAUCUCCUCCACAGGCAGGCAGGCAGGCAGGCAGGCAGGCAAGGGCUGUCCUCCACUCUGAGCUCGCCUCUUCCGAGGCUCCGGGCACUGCUCUGUGCUGGCCUGCUGCCCCGGGAUCCACAGCCAGAGGCGGGUGUCGCGCUCCACGAAGGAGAGACCGCGGAAGGUCAGGACAGCUGCAGGUCUCUGCGUGAGUGCAGGAGCCUUUCAGACUGCCCGUGGCAGGGCAUCAGGAGAGCUCAGAGACACACUAGGGACACCCACCCAUGGACGCAAACAGCAGGUCACCUGUUGUGGAAAGACCCGACACCUUAGCGAGUUACAAACACGGGGCCCGACCAAGCUGCUGGGACUGACUGCCGGGAAGCCCUGUGCCCCCGUGGGCUGGCACAAAGGAGGGUAGGUGUGCGGGCCGGCACACGGGGGCGGAGCCGUGAGGAAUCUGGACUCACCAGGCCUGGAGAUGGUGGGGAACUGUUCCUGGGAGGCCCAUCCUGGCGGCCGGAGCAAGAUGUGUCCUGACGUGAGCGAGGCCCCGGAGCUCUACAGCCGCGGUUUCCUGACCAUCGAGCAGAUCACCAAGCUGCCACCGCCCGCCGUCAUGAACUACAUCUUCCUGCUCCUCUGUCUGUGCGGCCUGGUGGGCAACGGGCUGGUCCUCUGGUUUUUCGGCUUCUCCAUCAAGAGGAGCCCCUUCUCCGUCUACUUCCUGCACCUGGCCGGCGCCGACGUCGGCUACCUCUUCAGCAAGGCCGUGUUCUCCAUCCUGAACACGGGCGGCUUCCUGGGCACAUUCGCCGACUACAUCCGCGCCGUGUCCAGGAUCCUGGGACUCUGCACCUUUGUCGCCGGCGUGAGCCUCCUGCCCGCCAUCAGCUCGGAGCGCUGCCUAUCCGUCAUCUUCCCCGUCUGGUACUGGCGCCGUCGGCCCAAGCGCCUGUCGGCCGUGGUGUGCGCCCUGCUCUGGACCCUGUCGCUCCUGGUCACCAGCAUCCACAACUACUUCUGCGUGUUCCUGGCCCACCGGGGCUCCGGCGGGGCCUGCAGGCCCAUGGACGCCUUCCUGGGCAUCUUGCUUUUCCUCAUCUUCUGCCCACUCAUGGUGCUGCCCUGCCUGCUGCUCACCGCGCACGUGGAAUGCCGGGCCCGGCGGCGCCAGCGCUCGGCCAAGCUCAACCACGUCGUCCUGGCCGUGGUCUCCGUUUUCCUCGUGUCCUCCAUCUACUUAGGGAUCGACUGGUUCCUCUUCUGGGUCUUCCAGAUCCCGGCCCCCUUCCCGGAGUACGUCACCGACCUAUGCAUCUGCAUCCACGGCAGCGCCAAGCCCGUCGUCUACUUCCUGGCCGGGAGGGACAAGUCACAGCGGCUCUGGGAACCUCUCAGGGUGGUCUUCCAGCGGGCCCUGCGAGACGGAGCCGAGCUGGGGGAGGCCGGGGGCGGCACGCCCAACACGGUCACCAUGGAGAUGCAGUGCCCCUCUGGGAACGCCUCCUGAGAGGCCAGUACCGGAGGGCGGCAGGGGCCGUGGCCUCCAGAGACCCUCUGCCGCAGGACAGGAGCUGGGCAGCUGCCCUGGUGCCCAAAAGCAGGGAAGAAAGUCUGCUUCCUGCCCCUCACGCCUCCUCCUCCGUGGGCUGGAGGCUCUAGGGGCGGCCGGCCAGAAGACCGGGCAGCCGGCUGCACACAGGAGCUCCGGCCCCGACAGGCUCCCCCAGCCAUUCUCCUCCAUGGCCAGAGGCCCACGGUUCGGAAGUGGCCCCCAGGGGGUGGGGCUCCUCCUCCUCCCAGGCUGGUAGGGAAAGGAGAGGAGGAGGGGGUCACCUAGGCCCCGUCCACCUCCGGCCCCUUUCCAUCAGUUCUCCUUGAAAAUGACGCAGCCAGCACCACUGCCCCCUGGGGCAGCAGCUUCGCCCCCAUCAGGGCAUCGGUUCUCUCCAUUCCAUCCCCUCGAGGCAGUACUGGCAAGCCAACCUGAACAAAACGGUGCUAUCUGGAAGAAGGUUCUGGCUAACCUGCCUCGUAGUUCCAUCUUUCUGCACCCAAAAUCCCCGCCCCAAAUCCUCUGGUGACUUUAAUGGGGGAGUUUCCAGUCAUGGCAAGCAGCUGGACAGGAGGGGGCCUCGGCCAGCUGGGGCAGGUCACUCUCUUCUCUGACUCCAUGCAGGCCAGCCCCUGGGCAGCCUCCCAGAGCACAGAGUGUGUCCGCACUGCUGUGCGCCUGGUCCUCAAACUUGGCCAACUAUCCAGGAGUCUCUGGGCUCCAGCCCCGCCCCGGGAGUGGGCAUUGGCUCUACCUGGCCACCCCAGCCCAACUCCAAGCACAGUGGCCCCGUGUAGCCAAUGCAAGUUUUAUGAAAGACAAAAAAUGUAUAUCAAUAAACGUUUUAUAUUGUGCACUGA